UACGCACAUCAUCAUCGAAGAAGGUAGGGGCGCAAGGCCCAAGCCAGGGGAAUCUCGCCAGAUGAGUCGCCGUCCAUCUCUGUUGCAAAGUUUAUUAGAUGAUUCAUCAUCGGAUGAUGAGGACGAACUCAUUCUUUCUGCUGCUGAAAUUGUGCAAAGACAUUCUCAGUGUGCACCAAAACAUGGUGGUUCUGUCCCCGGACAUGCAGUUCUUUAUCGAGACAGAGAAGGGGGGCACUUGAGAAUGUAUCAAUAUUAUUUGGCGGAUGAUCCUACAUAUGGACCAACUCUAUUCCGACGGAGAAUGAAUCGGGAUCUAUUUUUACGCAUAAUGCAUGCCGUAGAAGAUCAUGAUGAGUACUUCGUGCAGAAGAGAAAUGCAGCCAAUACAAUUGGAUUAAGUUGCUUCCAGAAAAUAACUGCAUCAUUCCGUAUGCUAACAUAUGGAGUACCGGCAGAUGCUACGGAUGAGUUUGUUCGUAUUGCAGAAAGUACUACCAUAGAGAGUCUAAGAAGGUUUGUCAGUGCAAUUAUUGAAGUUUUUGAAGAUCGGUACUUGAGAUCACCUAAUGAGAAUGAUACAGCUCGAUUGAUUGCACUUGGAGAGGAAAGAGGUUUUCCUGGUAUGCUAGGUUCAAUAGAUUGCAUGCAUUGGAAGUGGAAGAAUUGCCCUUCGGCAUGGCAAGGUAUGUACUCAGGACACAUGCAUGAACCUACAAUAAUUUUGGAAGCUGUUGCAUCCAAGGAUCUCUGGAUUUGGCAUGCCUCUUUUGGUUUACCUGGGUCUCAUAAUGAUAUCAACGUUCUUCACCGAUCUCCACUUUUUGCAAAGCUAGCUGAAGGCAAAGCUCCUCAAGUGAAUUAUAGCAUAAAUGGUCACGAUUAUACAAUGGGUUACUAUUUUGCCGACAGCAUAUACCCAUCUUGGGCCACAUUAGUGAAGACCAUACAACAACCCCAAGGCAAUAAGAGAAAAUAUUUUGCUAAAGCACAGGAAGCAAUAAGAAAGGAUGUGGAACGCACCUUUGGAGUUUUGCAAUCCCGUUUUGCAAUUGUUCGUGGUCCAGCACGAUUUUGGGAUGAAGAGACACUAGGAGACAUCAUGAAAGCUUGUGUCAUCAUGCAUAAUAUGAUUAUUGAAGAUGAGGGAGAAGUGGAUCCGGAGGAACGUUUCGACUACGGUGGAGAAAAUGUUAUGCCUUCCCAUGAGCAUAUUACUGAUCUUGAAGAAUUUAUUCAGAUGCACAAGAAUAUCAGGAACAACGAAACUCACCGUCAGUUAUAAGAAGACUUGGUGGAGCACCUAUGGCAACAUCAUCCGGAUCAAUAUUAAGUUUAAUUUGUUGAUAUGCACU